ACUGUGCAGACCCUGUACAUUUGGAAAGCGGUUGCCACCAUGAUUUCAAGUUUGUCAUACAUGCUGGCGGCUAUGGUCAUACUGCACGAGGCACUCGGUAAUGAAGAGAUCAGCAUUCAGACAAGCCAUCAUUUGCCAUCAUGCCGGCCAACGGAAGGUCAGAUCGUACCUGGAGCACUAUCACUGAGGUACACUAGAAGCCUUCUGGCAAGAGUGGAGGUCUGCCUCGUUUUCAACAGGCGUUUCAUAACAGAGAACCUUCCAGUUGAGCUUUCUGCGUUGACAACAAACCCCAGUGUACAGGUACCAACAGCAGCUGAGCUUCAGCGGCUGACCGAGGAACAAGCCUUCCUCAAGAUUUACCAACUGUUACUAACUUAUACAUCUUUGGCACAUUUUGUGUACAAUCAAACCAGUAGCCGUUUACAGGAAGAACAGCUGUACUGCCCUGAAGCACGUCCCAACCGAAGCACGGCAUUAUUCAACACCCAACGCAACGCCGAUCAAAUCCAGGAGCUUCGUUGUGAUGUGCGUCUCAGUAGCAGUGCUCAUGGAACGCUCAGCCAAUUUCAAGCCGCAGAACAAGGCAGCGAACUUCUUAUUUUGUAUGGUUACAGCGACUGCAGUAAGCGUCUGCUGAUGGAUUACGGCGUUGCAAUUGGCAUAGAUCAGCUGCUAGAGAAUAUCAGAACAUACCUCACUUUCCUCGUGCAUAACAAGAGCUUAUUCUAAGACAGCGAGUUCAAGUCUGAAAUAAGUGCAUG